AGCAGCGCCAGCACCGAGGAGGAGUCGCGGUGGCUCGCAGCCCUCUCCGAACCCGAGCUCGAUUUGCUCAUCAGCCUGAAGAUGCUGGCCGUGAAGCGGGCGGAGACGGCCGGCCGCUCCCACCUCGCCGACGCCUUCGAUCUGCGCACCCUGCGGGCCCUCGGUGUUGUUUUGCUGGAAGAUUUCAAACAACGGCUAAGAGAAGAAACCUCACUCAAUGCAACCGGUCUUGAUAAACUUGCGCUGUCGAGGGAUCCUGAUGCGGAUUGUAGCAUCAGUGGUACUAGUAGUGAUUCCGAGGUGUUCAGGCGGCGCAGCAAAGAUCAGCCAAUAAAGCCAAGCGGUGUCAAGAGGAAACGAAAGCAGACGCAUGAUGGGCUCACUGAUGAAAGGUAUUACAAUUGUCAUCCUGCAUCAUGUGGAAGCCUCCUUAUGUGCACCUAGUCCACCUUAAUUGUUGGCUGUUCUGGGUGUCCGUUGCUCACUUCAACUUUUGCAUCUAUUCCUGGGAGCUCGUAGCUUGCCAGAUAAACAGGUGAUUAUACCCACCAUGCUCUGGCUUUGGGACGAAUUUGUCCAAAGUAUAACAGUUUUGUCUGACAAUUCUAUGGUUGUAAAGGUACCAAGAAUAUACAGAGCUAAUUGUUGCAAUGAUGUGUUUUCCACCGGCCUUUAUCUAGUGAAAGACAUUCAUUCCUGGAACUCAUAGGUGCAACAUUUUGUGGCUUUGAGGAGAACUUGCCUCGGGAAUUAGGAUGUCCCAAAGCACAACAGUUGUGUCUGACAAUGUGUAUGUACAGAUACCAAGUGCAGUUUACUGAAUAUGAAUUUAAUUGGUGUGCCUUCAGUUCGAGACUGCAACUCAUGGCAUGAUGAAUUUUCUAUCAGGUAGGGCAAAUCAAGCCCAUCAAUUAGGCAGAAAGACGGUUUAAAUAAAAGGCAAUUAAUUAAGCGCUUAGGCAGAAGGACUGGCUGCUGGAUUAAUGAAUCACGAGUUCUGUUUCUAUAUCAUCAUCAAACCAAACCAUGAUAGCAAACACAAGGACUGCACUUCCAAUCUUGUGCUCCCCCACAC